CCACAUUCCGCUUCACUGUUUGACCCACUUCUGAGUGAAUAGGUCUCUUGCACAGCGGUCAGAACAGCUCGCGCGGUGUUGCUCCGGUGCUUGUACUGCUGUCCAGUCCAGGUCCAGUAAAACCGCCGGUUUGUUUAUUUGUUUAUUUAUUCGAGAGCCGGUCGGCGGUGUUGUGUUUUCCCACCAUGCCACACCGAACGCUCCACCUGUUCCGUAAGGGUCUUCGCCUCCAUGACAACCCGACACUGCUGGGGGCGCUAGAGUCGUCCUCCGUGGUGUUCCCGGUGUACGUGCUGGACCGGGCGUUUGAGGAGGAAGUGAUGCGGGUGGGCUUCCUGCGGUGGCGUUUCCUCCUGCAGAGCCUGCUGGACCUGCACGGCCGCCUCAGCGUGGUGGGCUCGCGGCUGUAUGUGCUGCGGGGGUCCCACAGGGCCGUGCUGAGAGAGCUGGUGGUCCGCUGGGGGAUCACUCAGAUCAGCUUCGACUCUGAGACGGAGCCGCACCACACGGUCCUGCAGCGGGAGCUCAGAGAGAUGGCCGAGGAGCUCGGACUGACCGUCAACACCUGCGUCUCACACACACUCUACGACCCCAGGAGGAUUAUAGAUGCUAACGGUGGAGAAGCUCCUUUAACCUAUAAAACAUUUCUGCGAGUUCUCUCAGACAUCGGAGAACCGGACAAACCGGUCAGGGACAUCACCACUGAAGACUUUCAGCGGUGUUACACUCCAGAUGAAGCAGAGUGUGAGCAGUAUUGCGUCCCGUCUCUGUCUGAACUGGGUCUGGAGGGUCCUGAUGAAGCUCAGGCUGAAGUUCUGUGGCCUGGAGGAGAAACUCACGCUCUGCAGAGGCUUCACAAACACCUGGAGAGUCAGGGCUGGGUUGAGAACUCGAAGCCUCAGGCAGUUCCAAACUCUCUGUGGCCGAACACAACAGGCCUCAGUCCGUACUUCAGCUUUGGCUGUCUGUCCGUCCGCACCUUCUACCACACACUCAGCAGAGUGUACGCAAGGGCGAGGAACCACGCUCUGCCCCCUGUGGCUCUGCAGGGUCAGGUUCUGUGGAGGGAGUUCUUCUACACCGCUGCUACGCACACGCCCAACUUCACCAGGAUGGAGGGGAACCCCAUCUGUUUACAGAUCCACUGGAACCACGACCCCGACUCUCUGCAGAAAUGGAGAACCGCUCGGACGGGUUUCCCCUGGAUCGACGCCAUCAUGACCCAGCUGAGGCAGGAGGGCUGGAUCCACCACCUGUCCCGACACGCUGUGGCCUGUUUCCUCACCCGCGGUGACCUGUGGAUCAGCUGGGAGGAGGGUAUGAAGGUGUUUGAGGAGUACCUGCUGGACGCUGAUUACAGUGUAAAUGCGGGGAACUGGAUGUGGCUCUCCGCCAGCGCCUUCUUCCACCAGUACAACCGCAUAUUCUGCCCUGUUCGCUUCGGCCGCCGCACUGACCCUGAGGGUCACUACAUACGGAAGUACGUGCCUGUGCUGAAGAAUUUCCCCUCCAGGUUUAUCUAUGAGCCGUGGACCGCUCCAGAGGAGGUGCAGCUGCAGGCCGGCUGCAUCAUCGGUGAGGACUAUCCGUUGCCGAUGGUUUGCCAUGCAGAGGCGAGUGAGAGGAAUUUGGCUCUGAUGAAGGAAGCGCGGAGCCGCCAGGAGAACACGGCCAAACUCACACGAGAUGUGGCGGAGGAGCCGGUGGACGUGUGUGUGAAGCGUGAGCUGGGUGAGAAGGACCAGCCCUCCAAACGCUUCAGCUCUGACCCUCAGAGCCGCCCCUGCAGCUGGGGGCAGGAAACCCCACGCCUGCCGGAGAUCACAGGACAGGCCAUGUAAAAUACUGACCCUCACACUGCAGCACCAAAGAGACCAGCGCCACUGAUGAACGGGAGAUCCACACGGACCACCACAGUCGCUGAAGUUGCAUAGAAACGGAUCACAACGUACAAACUUCACAGCUGAGAUGUGAAACUGUGUUUUUGGUUCUCGGUCCAGCAGCGACACUGAGGUGUUUAAAAACUCCAGCAGCACUGCUGUGUCUGAUCCACUCAGACCAGCACAACACACACUAACACACCACCACCACGUCAGUGUUACUGCAGUGCUGAGAAUGAUCCACCACCCAAAUAGUACCUGCUCUGUGAGGGUCCAUGGGGGUCCUGACCACUGAAGAACAGGGUAACAAAGUAUGCAGAGAAACAGAUGGACUACAGUCUGUAACUGUAGAACUACAAAGUGCACCUAUACGGUCAGUGGAGCUGAUACAGUGGACAGCAAGUAUAGAUACAAGGUGGUGUGGCCGGUAGGUGUUUAUACAGUUUACAUUAAAUUCUCUGACCUGUGAGCCAAAGAAAGGACAGCAUCUGAUAGGCUAAUCAGAAAGUUGUCCAGCUUCAGCUGUUCUAGUGCUGCUAGCUGCUAGUUGCACUUCUAAUUACUGCUGCAGGACCACCUGAAGUUACUCGUUUCACACAUUCUACCUCUGUAUAGCGUGAGCAAGAAGGAACACCUUGAUACUUACAGGUUAGACUGUCCACUCAGCCUGCACGAACAACACGGUGCGUCCCAGAAACACCGCAGCACUUCAGACACAGACGUCAAGUCUGUUUUUUCUGCAUGCUGCAGGAACCAGACGUCCACCUCUAAAAGCUCCCUCACAGAAAGUUCCUACAUGAAAUGGUUAUGAAUUCACUGCCUGAUGACUGAGACACUGUUUUAUGAUAGUUUAGAGAACUUAAACUCCAUUCAUGGUGGAGGGAUACAUGCAGGGCGCUGUGAGGCAAAAUAGUCCCCAAAGAAAACUUAUUAUUUCAGAUUUUCCACUAUUUUCCAUCAUCAACAUUCCAUAUAAACUCAGGUUCACUGGUGGUUCUGGAGCAGUAUUCAUAGUCUGAACUCAUGUUUGAUGACGCGUCCUCUGAGUUCUGCGUUUCGUAUUUUCCAAAGAGAAGCCAACACUCCAGUGUGUCUCAUUUAUAGAGGAGGGUUGUGGGUAAGAGGUAUCCCUUGUGGUGGAUACCUGUUAUUGCAGUUUUCUUCCAAAUCACAAACACUUCCGUUUCUCCACGUGCUUCCUGAGUUUGCUGUUGCUGUCAGUGAAAUAAAUGCAGAUUGGGUGAAAGUA